AUGAAGUAUCUCUGGCAACUGAGAGCAGCUAUAUGGAUCUCACUGAAUAUUCAGCAAGUGUUGGCGAUAUUUCCUCAAGUUCAAAGACCAGUUGGUCCAGUUUGGACAGGAGAUGAUUAUGGCAUUGUUCAACUUCAAAGUUGGGAGUUGUUACCAGCACUCGAGGCAGAGGAUGCAGUACCAUGUCCUGCUAUAUCGUGUGUGUAUAAUUUGCAUGGAAAUUAUCGAUUCAAAUGGAUGAUUGUUGUUGAGAAUGGUUGUUGUGGAGAAGUGUUGUUGGGAGUAUCGUUGCUGAGUGAAGUCGUUAUUGGGCCGCGUGUUGAGCGAAUAGUGAUUGGACAAGAAAAUAGAAGAUUCAUCGAUCGACAUUAUUCAAUCGUUGUUGCUAUUCAACCAAUGCGUCAUCGACAGUGGACAAAUCAAUCAGAUCCAAAGAAGAAGGGAAAUGGCUCAGGCCAGAGUUGCAGUACUCUUCGGUUCUUGGUUGAUGCUCUUGAUGUGGCUCAGGGGCGACGACAGUAUACGGUGUUCAAAAGUGUGAUGUUAUCAACCCAAUAUAUGGCAGCCUUCUGCGCCUUAGGAGAUCCCAUGGAUGUUUCCGAGUAA